GGAGGACGCGGCGGCGGCGGCGGCGGGGGGAAGGCGCGACCAUGUGCGCGGAGCUCGGUGGAAAGCUGGUGGCCCCGGCGCUGCUGCUGGCCGUGGCUAUGGCCGUGCUGCUGGCCAGCGCCCGGGUGGCCGCGGGCACUGAAGCCACGCACCCACCGGAGGGGCCGCAGGACAGGACCCCGCAGCAGAAGGGGCGCCUGUCCCUGCAGAACACAGCUGAGAUCCAGCACUGCCUGGUAAAUGCUGGCGAUGUGGGAUGUGGAGUGUUUGAAUGCUUUGAGAACAAUUCUUGCGAGAUCCGAGGCUUACACGAGAUCUGCAUGACAUUCCUGCACAACGCUGGAAAAUUCGAUGCCCAGGGAAAAUCCUUCAUUAAAGACGCUCUGAAGUGUAAGGCUCAUGCCUUGAGGCAUAAAUUCAGCUGCAUCAGCCGUAAGUGCCCUGCCAUUAAAGAGAUGGUGUUCCAGUUACAGCGGGAGUGCUACCUGAAGCAUGACCUCUGCUCUGCUGCCAAGGAGAACGUCCAGGUCAUUGUGGAGAUGAUUCACUUCAAAGACCUGCUGCAGCAUGAGCCUUACGUUGACCUAGUGAACAUCCUGCUCACCUGUGGCGAGGAGGUGAAAAAGGCAAUAACGAGGAGCGUCCAGGCCCAGUGUGAACAGAACUGGGGAAGUCUCUGCUCCAUCCUGAGCUUCUGCACCUCGGCCGUGCACGGAGACGCCGUCCUGGGAGCCGAGAAGAAGGUGGGGGAAGGCAGCAGGGCCGGUGCUGGCCGUGGGGACAUGGUGGCCCACGCCGACCCCGAGCACAGGGAGAGCUCACGAGCAGCCAAGGGAGAGAGAGGUACCAAGGGCCACUCCAACGCCCGGGCCAAAGCUGGGGGCCACAGUCCCAAAGGAGCCCACGGGAUCCUGGACCAGGCAGACGAACUGUCCGACUUCUCCGACAUCCGCAGGUGA